AACUAACUUUUGUCUUUUUUAAAGUCUAUUGUCAGUUGCUUACAGUCAUGUGAUUAUAAUUCUCAAUUCGCUGGUUUAUUGAUCCUAUAUAAAUAUAUUGAUAUUAUUGUUUUAGUGAUUUGAUAUUCUGUAACUGUAUUCAAUUUAAUAAUGAACUCGAAGCAUAAGUUAUGGGGUGGACGUUUCACUAGUGAAACUUCCUCUUUGUUAGAACACUUAAAUUGUUCAUUGAAUAUUGAUCGUCGCAUGUACGCAGAAGAUAUACUGGGAAGUCAAAAAUAUGCCAAUGCUUUAUAUAAAAUCAAUUUAUUAACAGAAGAUGAAUUGCAAUCGAUACAUGUAGGCUUAGAAACUGUACGGCAACAAUGGGAAAAUGAUACGAUUGAAUUUCAAAAUGGUGACGAAGAUGUUCAUACAGUUAACGAACGUCUAUUGAAAGAGCAUAUUGGUAAACCGGCAAUGAAAUUGCAUGUUGGACGAAGUCGCAAUGACCAAGUUGUCACUGAUAUGAAACUCUGGUUACGAAGUGCAAUGCAAAAAUUAGAAAGUUUAAUGUUGGACUUAAUACAGGUAUUUACAGAGCGAGCUGCUUCUGAGUUAGAUGUUUUAAUGCCUGGUUACACACAUUUACAAAGAGCUCAACCUAUUCGCUGGAGUCAUUGGCUCUUAAGCCAUGCUUGGAAUUUUAAAGCGGAUUUAGAUCGUCUCAAGUCAUUGAAACCACGAUGUAAUAUUUUACCACUGGGAAGUGGUGCAUUAGCUGGUAAUCCAUUUAAUAUUGAUCGAAUACAUUUAGCAAAAGAAUUAGGUUUCGAUAUUGUCUCACAAAAUAGUAUGCAAGCAGUUAGUGAUCGAGACUUCGUUUUGGAAUUUUUAUUCUGGUGUUCAUUGACUGGCUUACAUUUAAGUAGAUUAGCAGAAGAUUUGAUCAUUUACAGUACUAAAGAAUUUUCAUUUGUUUCAAUUGAUGAUUCAUUUUCGACUGGGAGCAGUUUAAUGCCACAAAAACAUAACCCAGAUAGUUUGGAACUAAUUAGAGGCCUAUCUGGUACAUUAUGUGGAGAGCUUACUGGAUUUAUGAUGACUAUAAAAGGAUUACCUACCACUUAUAAUAAGGAUUUACAAAGUGAUAAAGAACAUAUGUUCAAAGCUAAUGACAGACUAACCAGUAUGUUAAAUGUGGCAAUCGGAGCAUUGAGAACAUUACAGUUGAAACCGAAAAACUGUAAAGCUGCGCUGAGUUAUGAUAUGUUGGCUACCGACGUAGCGUACUAUUUAGUACGAAAAGGCGUAGCAUUCCGUGAAGCUCACCAUUUAGCUGGUCAAGUCGUAUCAUUAUCCGAAGAGAAACAUAUCUCUAUGCCGGAACUUACCAUCAAUGAUUACAAGACAAUAAGUGAUAUUUUUGAGUCUGACAUAUUUAAUAUUUGGAAUUAUGAAAACAGUGUUGAACAGUAUAAAGUAAUUGGAGGAACUAGUAAACAAAGUGUAAUUCGACAAAUUAAAUUUUUAGAGCAAUAUUGUAACAAUAUCAAUAAUUCUUGAAAACAGUACUGUCGUCCAUUUCUUAUUUGGAGUAAAAAUUUAUACUUCUUAAAUGAAUAAAUUACGUAUUUUUUUUA